AUGAAGCUGGAGAGGUCUGAUUCACCUGCACCCAGCUGUGUGUCUCUGAAGUCAAUGGAUGAACCAGCUAACCUCACUGGAGAACUUUCACCCAACCCAAAAGUGAAACUGGAGAAGGCAGACUCACCUGCACCCAGCUGUGUGUCUCUGAAGUCAAUGGAUGAACCUUUACGCUUCCAACAGGAACAUAGACCUCCUGACUCAAGUGAGUUGGCUGUCAGUCUCUUGACCAACGAGGACUUCAGAUGUUCAGUCUGCACAGGUGUACUGAAAGACCCAGUGUCCAUCCCCUGUGGACACAGUUACUGCAAGCAGUGCAUCACCUCAUACUGGGAGCGGCCUAGUCAAGUAGGCCACUACGCCUGUCCCCAGUGUCCACGCACCAGUGGUCACCCCCCAGUGUCCACAUACAGCUCCCACCCGGCACUCUACUCAAACUCAGCCUUGGCACUGGUGGUCCACAAGCUAGAGCACUUCAGUCCUGUCCUGCCUGCCCAAAGCUAUGCUGGUCCUGGAGAUGUGGAGUGUGAUUUCUGCACCGGGCGGAAACUGAAGGCUGUUAAAACCUGUUUGACCUGCACUGCCUCCUUCUGCGGCACCCAUGUGAAAGAGCACUACACUAUUCCAGCACUGCAGAGACACACAUUAGUGGAAGCUGUUGAAACCAUGGAGGAGAAAAUGGUCCACACUGAAUUGAAGGAACCUCACAGGAGUGACUCUGAUGAGUCACCAAGUUCCUCAAGGAAGAGACGUGGUCAAGAGGAGGACCCAGUGCUACGUGUCAUGACUUCCAUGCAACAGGAGAUUCGUCAACUCAAAAGACAGGUGGCUGAUUUGCAAGAUACGAUUUCUACAUCUGACUGUAAAGUCAGAAAGGAAGAGAAAAAUAUCAGGUAAAUAUAAGCAUAAGGGUGACAACGAUGGACACUUCAUUG